ACAGACAUCAGCACUCAGUCGCAGCAACAACACAACGCGCACAUCAGUGGCAGUCUUGUCAUCUACACGAUCUGGCCAGGCAGUCUUCUCUCAUCGGCCCUCAGUCAUCCCUGUGAUCUGCUGACUGAGGCUGAGUUCCACAAAGCUAAUACCGGACAUUAUUACUAUUCACUGUCUGCAGGCGUUUCCACAUCCUCCUAUCUCCACACUACAGCGCUCCAAGCAGUCGCAUAGAAACUACUAGUCGACCUCAGCAAACGAGGAACUUCAGCAUAGCGGACGCCGUGGUUUUCCUCCCCCCCCCGAACGGAACAUCAGGGAUCCGCUUCAGUGCAUGCAGUGCAAGGCACGUAGCCUCUCAACGAACCAAGGAGAUCUUAGCGCAGCACGGACAGCGUGUGAAGGGCUAACGACUCUGUGUUUCAACCGGCAACUUUCAAAGGCAGUGAGGCGAUAUUUUACUCGUUCGUUCGUUCUUACCAGUGGCUUGGCCACACGGCACUGUAUUUCGUAUAUCCCUCAACGUGGUCCCACAAAGACGUACCGUUCUACGUCAGGGCUGAGAAGACGGAGUUUAUUUAGUUAACUCGCCGGCUUUUCGAUCACUUGCCGACCAAUCCCCUGGGAGAUGAGGCCAGGAGCACUCGAUUUUGUUGUCUGCAGGCGGCCAUUCACCUAACACUCAUCGCCCCCAUUCGCUGCCGUUUCUCUAUGAUUUGGCCUACCAAGUUCGGCAGUGACACGCAGCAGAUAUAUACAUGUACAUGUAUAUAAAUCGCUUGCUCCUGCUGAUUUUCAUUGGCUGACCUCUGACCGCUGAAUCUAGCGCGGCCGGCGUGAUCACCUGGAGUCGAAUCACUGCUCAGCGCCCGACGCUCAGGGUUAGUUAUCGUUAUCCUCUUCGCCGGGCUGGACCUACUGGUUACGGUAUAGCUGCAGGUGCAGCGGGACUGCCAUAGUAUGGGUCUACUAGCUGGAGGGAGAAAGAGCAAGAGCGGGCAGGCUCCCCAGGGGUGAUUGAUGUUAGAUCUUAAAGGUUAGCGUAAACAGGACACAAAGCCUCGCCUGACGGAGCCGGCUGCUACGUGACUCACUGUGCGCGGCGUUCCCACCACCAGAGAACCAGCUUGUGUUUUGGAUCGCCAGUGCAUCGCUCUGUCGAACUGCCUGUCCUCUUUCUUUUAAGACAGUAGUCUGCACAACGUUAUAGAGAAAAGAGAAGACCAUGCUAUCCAUGGAGGAGAAUCCAUGUCAUUGAGGGCACAUUCCGGUAUGGCUUCACAAUGUCACGGAUUAACGCUAUGGUACUGAUAAUUUUCUCUGCAUGAUCAAGGGGAUUUGUAAUUUUGUAUGGAACACUUAGUAAUCAUGACUGGGUUUUACUCGUGAAAUGCUACGCUAAUUCACGCCCGUAGUGAGUGGAAAAGGAUUCAUUUUUUCGGAGACUGUUUAACGUGAACUGUUUGCCAGUAUGUACGGGCUACUUGUAGAGAACACCAUUGAGGUGAUCAAGGAGACCUACGGCGAGGAAGCAUGGCUGAUCAUCAGGGAGAAAUCACGCAUCCACGAGUACACCUACGUGACCCACCGGAUGUACAGCGAGCGGAUUAUCCCGCGGCUGGCCCAGGCGGUCAGCGAGUACACCGGCUGCACCACGGAGGAGUUCAUGGACCUGGUCGGCCGGGACUUCGUCAGGUUCCUCAGCAAGUACGGCUACGACAAGAUGCUGCGCGUGCUCGGUCGCAGCAUGCGCGACUUCCUGAACGGCUUGGACAACCUGCACGAGUAUCUGCGCUUCAGCUACCCCAAGAUGAAGCCGCCUAGCUUCUUCUGCACGGACGAGAGCAGCCAGGGGCUGACCCUCCACUACCGGUCGCGCAGGCCGGGCUACGUCCACUACGUCAAGGGCCAACUGAAGUCCGUCGGCCGGCUCUUCUACAACCUGGACGUGUCGGUGGAGUUGGUGUCGGAGGAAACCCGGGGGGACACUACCUAUGUCGUCUUCAAACUCUUCUUCGACAACAAGGAGUUCGUGGAAAGAGACAAGAACGCCUAUGCACUCGAGGAAUCCGAAGUGAUGAAAGCCUCGCUGUUCUUCGACUUGUUCCCGUUCCACAUCAUGUUCAACAGGAAGAUGAUAAUCAAGAAUGUCGGAAAGAGUCUGUUAGCCGUCCUGCCUAAUCUGGUUGGUAAAGUCCUCACAGACGUAUUCGAACUGAAGCGACCGCUGCUCAACUUCACCUGGGAAAAUAUACGGGCCCAUGAAAACGUCGUUUUCGAGGUGAUCACGGUCAACAUGGUGGUGCGAAGCAUGUCAAGCGUUCUGCCAGAGGAAAAUGAGAACGAGGUAGCACCGGUACUGGCUGAGGUCCCCGAGAACGUGGAUGAUGAAGAGUAUAAAGACAGCAAAUGCACAUCUGCUGUAGUGGGCGGAGGCUUCCAAUUAAAGAAUAAGUUACUCAAACGAGGAGAAUCCUUUGCCAAAGUUUCCGAAGGAGGGGUGCCGGGAAAGCCCUAUAGAAAAUCAGAUUCGGGAUACUCCAUUUGUGACGACGAGUGCAAUGUCUCCCAUUCCCUUGUUUCCCAGUCCAUUUCCGCCUGGCGUAAAUUUGCUCGCUCAACAGAGAUCAUCGCGGAGAAUUUACACCCCAGGAGACUACGCUUAAAAGGGCAGAUGAAGUACGUUCCGGACUGGGAUGGAUAUGUCUUCCUUGCUACACCGUUCAUGCCAAAUCUAGACGCCAUGUUCCAGACUGGGCUGUACAUAAACGAUCUCAGCAUGUACGACUCGAGCAGAGACUUGGUGUUGGCUGGCACCCAGCAAUCUGCUGAACUUAAAAUAGCCCUGGACCAGGAGCUACAAAAGAGCGCCCAGCUAGAGCAGAGCAUGCGUAAGCUGGACCAAGAAAUGAAGCGCACUGAUUCGCUGCUGUACCAGAUGAUCCCCAAGGCUGUGGCGGAUAAGCUGAGGCGAGGGGAACCAGCCACCAGUACGUGUGAGGUUUUCAAGGACGUCACGAUACUGUUCAGUGACGUAGUGGGCUUCACGCAGAUCUGUUCGCGCAUCGAGCCCAUGCAGGUCGUCUCAAUGCUCAACGCCAUGUACACAAAGUUUGAUCAGCUCAGCGAAGCCCACGAAGUGUACAAGGUUGAAACCAUAGGUGACGCCUACAUGAUAGUAGCUGGUGCCCCGAUUGUCACCAAGUUUCACGCAGUCCGCGUUGCAGAGAUGGCACUAGCGAUGAAAAGAGAGAUUGGCUCCCUGAAGGACCCCUCCACGGGCCACUCACUACAGAUCAGAAUUGGCAUCCAUUCGGGGAUGGUUGUUGCCGGGGUGGUCGGCCUCAAGAUGCCCCGGUACUGCCUCUUCGGUGACACCGUGAACACUGCCUCCCGCAUGGAGUCCACGGGGGAAGCCAUGCGGAUCCACCUCAGCGAGUCGACGCGGGCGUACCUGAACCGAUGGACGUUCUACAUCCUGCUAGAGCGGCCGAUGAAGACAGAAGUCAAGGGCAAAGGUCAGAUGAAGACGUACUUCUUGAUGGGCAAAGAGGCUGUGGACGAGUUGGACCUGCCCUUCAAUCUGUCAGAAGAAGAUGCCCUGAACGCCUCCAGGAGUUCGCUCAACUCCUCGACAGAGUCACUCAGAAGUGCAAUUAGUAGAUCCUUCGAGGCUGCAGGUCACAGGUCACUCAUGUCGCCAAACUACACUCCUGUCAACUUGGAGGGCAACGACCGGCCACGCUCCGCCCUCACCGGCAUGGUGGAGAAGGACACCCUGGACGCGCCGAAACCCCAUGGGCCGCCCAGGCGCGCGGAAGGCGGCGGCGCCGCCUCGCCUAAGUCGCAGGAGGGCCGGGUCAAGGAGGGCACCGCCCUCAACGUCAACAACUCGCGCGGCAGCUCCGACGUCACGCACGACGUGCCGCUGCUGCGGAUCAAGGACGGCAUGAGGGCGCCCCUCAUCGAGGGCAAGGUGAACAAUAAGCUCUUCGACGGGAGCAAGAACCAGGCUAAUCUGGAUCCGCAGGGGAAGGUGCCCACCAACAACAACGUGGCUAACGAGACGGGCGGCCAGAACGACUGCAAGUCCAACGUAAGGAAGGGGGUCGUGUCACCCAACUCCAGCACGACGAACGCGCACGUGCAGCAUAGCACAACAUGCGUCCUUAUCUAGGAAAAGCGCCGUCAUCAGUAAAAUUCCAAGUUGGAGAAUUUUUGAAGGAAAGGUUUGUAACCGACGAAGCAAAGUCAGUUUCUUCACAUACAUGCGUGGUACCUCUUCAUGAAAUCACACCAUCUAUGGUUGACGUGGAAGAAAACAUGUCAUUUAACAUGGACGUAUUCAGUGCAGCCGUAUCCUCCUCUUCCAAUCUUUAUUCUCUUUUCUGGUAAUGACCUUUGAUAUGCAAGACGCUACUUGCUUAAGUUCCAGUUAUAUGCCCUUCAAAAUUCAGUAGGUAGCAAGCAAGAGGAAUCCUUAAAGGGUAUAAAAAAAUGAUAAACCUUGGAAAAUCCGGCCAGUCUAGUUUUUAACGAAAAUUCUGGCACUUUACUGAGCAAUGAGCCCCCUUCCAAGGUCCUUCAUUGCCUGUUUCUAUGCUGCGUAUUUUGGUGUAGGACCUACCAUCAUCUGGUAUGCAUUGCCUUUUGACACUUUGCCCCGUUUAAACCGAAAUUUGCAGUAACAAAUUAGUAUUCAAUAAAAUGUAUUCCCAAAUUGAGUACUGCGAAAAAAAUCGGUCAAAUGGUGCUCCUCUGUUGAAGCGAAUAUGUAGCUUUCUUUGUUUGGCAAUGCUGUCUGUGUUAUCCACAUUACGAAAGUUGAAAUUCGUGUCUUGAAUUGUAUAUUGGUCCUGCAGGCCUAUAGACCCAAAGGAGCUUAGAUUGUGCACGCGUUUCAUUGGUCCAUGCACGUGUACUCUUCUGUCUAGCCAUCCAUUCGCAAGUGAAAUAGUCUGGUGGCCAGAAUUUUUAUGAUAAUUUUUUGGCAUCGAUCAUGAGAGGCUGGAGCUACACUACUUCCUGGCUGGUUCGCGUGCCUUGUUCGGUCGUGUCUGAAUUAUUUGGCUGUGGCUUGCAAUUUCUCGCAAGUCUAUGGCUGUGGCUGCAGCCACCUCCCAUAGAGUGACGUGUAAUUUCAAGUCACAGCCAAGUAAUUCAAACACGACUUUACCGUCUUAGCCGUCGUUCAAAUGCUUUCGGGAAAUGCUUGUUUGGCGUUCAACCGCGAACAGAAAACACUGAUUACCAGCACUGGUGGCAUGUCAGAGUAUUUUCGUGCCAAGUAAACGGCCCAGAUUGACCACAAUGUUUCGUAUUGAUGGGAGAGCUCACGUGUGCUAGGUCAAUACUGGUGUCUUAUGAUGGUGAAUUUAUGUGACGAGAGACCGUGUAAGUUUCAGAACAUUUUGGAACGCAUUUAAGGUAUCUGACAUGUGGACCGUCCAAUUAGCUUUCUUGGUAUAGGUACCUCAUAGUUGACCAAGAGCUCUGAGAUUUGGAGAGGGUUCUUCAGUAUAUGCACAACUACACUGAGAACUGGCUUAGUACACUGCCAAUGGCCUUUCCUUGAGUUAUAUGUCUCAGUAGUCGGUAAUCCGGAAAAAGUCCUCUCCGUGCCGGUUAUGGACAAAAGUAUUACGUCAUCCUCACGGGGCUGGUCCCCUUAACUCGCACGAUGUGCCUUCUGUCCGGUGGGCGUUUCCCCGGGAGCUUACUUUCAAAACAAAUGGGGCGUGGCAGAUGUAUGAAGAGAAUACUGACAUUGACAUCUUACGUAAGCCUUUUUUAUUCAGGGCAUUUCCAUUAACGGAGGCAGGGACGUACCAGUAGCGUUUUGCUUCUGCCGUCAAGACGAACAAAGCCUGGAAAUUUCCUCAGGCACUGUCGCGAUUGCAUACGAAGAUAUGCUUUUUAAAGAACUCACGCUGAACAGUAUCGUCUUGGAAAUUGAUAAUGCUGGUUAUAAUUGCAGCGUGACGGUACCGUCAGUAUUCUGUUCAUUACCCUCUGGAGCAUACUUCGGAAGUGGUUGAGGUCGUUCAUUGCCAAAAUGGUAAUGCGAAGGCAUCACUGUGACUUAUUGCCACUGUAGUUGGUAUCUAUGGCAACCGGUGUAAGCCGGCGGAUUCCAUUCCUUGAAGGAGGGGUUGAACUUAAGGCAGCUUAGGACGUUUCCCAAUCUUGGCUCUGUCUCCAUCUGAAGCUCUGGCUCGGAAAUCGAAACCUAUUGAGGCCUACACUUACCAAUGAGGGACUUUGAGACGCCGGUGGCAAUAUACUGGUCCUUUUUCACAGUAUCGCGUGUGUCCAGAACAACGCGCGCAUGCUCAGAACUACUACAAAGGACCAGUAUGUUAUAAUUGCGUUAUGAUACCAUUACGUUAUGAUACCAAAGCUGGAAAUUGAUGUUUCAAAUGCUAAAGCAUUUCUAGCCAUUCCACUUGAUGGAGAGCUCAUUGGAGGGGGCCAUACGAUUUGAAUUCUCGGUUUGGGGGUCAGGAUUAAUUUGACAAAAUGACAAUUGCCUGUUGUGUUUCAUCCGGAGCGGAAAUCUUCAGACAUGUUGUACCUAGGAGAACUUGCAUCCAAUUUAAUGAGCCAGGUGCGUAUUUCAAAAAGCCAAGGUCUUUUGGGAACAAAACGCGCGCGCCAGUCGGUGUAUGGCUAUGCUGAUAGGACAGACUUUCACGCACGCGCGUAGCUGUUCCCAAAUAGCCUUGUAAUGAGCAUGUGCCAUUGGAAUACGGAACUGGCUCAUUUGAUUUGAUUUGUUUUGCAAUGGCGGAUCGAACAGUUCUUACAAUACUUGGUUUCUGAGGUAGGAAGUAUGCAUCGAUGAUAUUCAGUCUAAAAGAAAAAAGUACUUUGCAAAUAAAUAAGUGAUUCUAUUACCGAGAGGCAGUAUUUUGUCAAUAACGUAUUUUAAUCUAAAUGAAGGUGUGUUGUAGGGUUUAAAUUCUGUUUCGUAGAUUUUACAAAUCAGAAUCGUCAUUAUGAAAUUAGUAAUGGUGAUUUGUAAGUUGGAUGCUGUAAAUUGUAUUUGACUAAAUUGUAAAUAUUGUUCACAUCUGGUGUAAAUUUCCUAGAAACGGGUACCCAGACUUCUAUUUCAAUUUUAAAUGCUGAGGUAGUUGUGACUCGAGGUUCCCCUCGAUUUAUCCGAAUUUUAUCGGAUGCUUUUUACAGUCCUGCGGCGUCCAUAUUGACAUGUCCCCUGACUGCGCCCUUCUAAAAAUAAAGCAACCGAAAUCAUUGUCCCCCGCAGGGUCGAGACUGUUUGCUUCGCUUGCCUACAAAACAAUGGACGGGGGAAAUGUUCCGAAGUCAGAAAAGUGUGUGUUGCUUGUAUUAGUCUUUUUAAAGGAAGAUAAUGUCGUUUUGAAAAUAUUUUAUUUUAUCAACAAUGUAUAUGAAUACGACAGUGGUCUAACAUAUAACGCUGUGCAGGAAAUUAAUGCCUUGUUUCAAAUCAACAUUCAAACGUGGGUUUAUUCUCACAGUCAUAGUUCCUGUGGCUGUCUGCUUACCUUAACCCUAACAGUCCUCAGUCCUCCAACAGGUGAAGGAUUGAGGACUGUUAGGGUUAAACUGUGAACACUUCUUGUGGCAUUGCUUUUUAUACGUUUCCCUUUUUUAUUUCAUUAUUUAAGACUUUUUUGGUAGGGGUGUAAUAUUGGGUUGAUGUGCAUUCAGUGCUACAUUUGGACCUUUUGUCGGUUUUACGCUAUCGUUUACCACACGGACAGACCUUUCGAUGGACGGACCUGUCAAUCGAGCAUGUUGGCAGAGAUAGAGAGUGAAAGAGAAUUCGAGUUGAGUGUGGAAACUAUGAAUUGAAUGUACUAGGAAGUCAUCUAUUCAGUCAGAGAGGUUUUUAUCCUUUUCCAACUUUGUAAAUGUGUAAAGGAUUUCUGGACAUUUUGGGAUACAAAUAGCUUGUUUGAAAUGUCGAUAUCUAUUUUUAUGUCAACUGUUCGUGGCAAAGAAAGCAUAGCAGAAUGUUACGACCUGUUUUCAGACAACCAAAUGCACAGGGUCCUAAUCAGGAAAUGGUGAGUCGGUAUUCAAUUCAUCACAACAUUGGUAGAUCAUGUCAUGGAACGAACAAGUCAAAGAGCAUGUCUGUAGUAAAGUCCACAAAUAUCUCUCCACCUUUGCUUUAUUAUUUGCAAAUAGGUAUCACCAACACGUCAUUUGCUGCUAGAUGGUCAGAAGACGGUUAAAGGAAGAAUAGGUUGGAGUUGCUAGCAGGAAAUGAAAACUCCGUGAAAAAAAGAGAAACAAAACCUUGAGGAAUAAGAGUUCCAUUUGCGGGUAUUGAAGAUCAUCAUUGGUGUUGUUGCCUGCAAUUUGCACUGUCAGUAACUCUCUUUUCUGGAGUUUAUUUGCGCUUUUGAUAGUUUUGGUCUUGUGAUAAUGCAUGGCAAGACACUGUGACUGGAAACAGAAAGAAAGAUUAGUAGUAAUAAUUGCAGAUGUUUUACAUUAAAAUGCUAUUUAUUUUUCACUUCCAUCACCAUCGCACAAUCUUAUUUUGGAAAGAUAAUACUUAUAGGUCCUGAAAAGUCCUACGUAAGUCAUCAUUCUAUAAAUUUACACGUAAUUGAAAUAAAGAUUAUUUUGAAGUCAAA